AGAAGGAAAGUUAAUAUUUUUGUCUUUGCUUUUUGAUAGGAAGAAGUAAAAGGGGGACUUGAAGACAUCAAGUCCAACAGCAAGACUGAUAUUGAACCACGAUGGCUGCUGCAGUCGCAGACAGUCCUCCAAACCCAAGCUGCAAAAUUAUGACGUUUAGGCCUUCAAUGGGUGAAUUCAGGGAGUUCAACAAGUACCUAGCCUACAUGGAAUCGCAAGGUGCUCAUCGUGCUGGAGUUGCAAAGGUGAUCCCGCCAAAGGAGUGGAAGCCACGAAAACAUUAUGAUGACAUUGAUGAUUUGCUGAUUCCAGCUCCAAUUCAGCAGAUGGUCACUGGUCAAUCAGGGCUCUUCACUCAGUACAACAUUCAGAAAAAGCCAAUGACUGUGAAAGAGUUCCGGCAACUAGCCAACAGUGACAAAUAUUGCACUCCAAGAUACCUAGACUAUGAGGAUCUGGAACGUAAAUACUGGAAGAACUUAACCUUUGUUGCACCCAUCUAUGGAGCAGAUAUCAACGGGAGCAUUUAUGAUGAAAAUAUUGAGGAAUGGAAUAUUGCCCAUCUCAAUACGAUACUGGAUGUCGUAGGAGAAGAUUGUGGAAUUUCUAUUGAGGGUGUAAAUACCCCGUAUCUCUAUUUUGGCAUGUGGAAAACAACAUUUGCAUGGCAUACUGAAGAUAUGGAUCUCUACAGUAUUAAUUAUCUCCACUUUGGAGAACCGAAGUCAUGGUAUGCUAUUCCUCCAGAACAUGGAAAACGGCUUGAACGAUUAGCUCAAGGUUUCUUCCCAAGCAGCUCUCAAGGAUGUGAUGCUUUCCUUCGCCACAAAAUGACACUGAUUUCUCCCUCAAUAUUGAAAAAAUAUGGAAUUCCUUUUGACAAGAUCACCCAAGAGGCAGGGGAAUUCAUGAUCACCUUCCCGUAUGGAUACCAUGCAGGAUUUAACCAUGGGUUCAACUGUGCAGAGUCAACAAACUUUGCUACAAUCAGAUGGAUUGAUUAUGGAAAAGUUGCUAAAUUGUGCACCUGCAGGAAAGAUAUGGUAACAAUAUCCAUGGAUAUCUUUGUGAGGAAAUUCCAACCAGACAGAUAUCAGCUGUGGAAACAAGGAAAAGAUUUAUACACCAUUGAUCAUACAAAGCCCACUCCUGAAACAACACCUGAGGUAAAGGCCUGGUUGCAGAGAAAAAGGAAAACAAAGAACCCUCCCAAAUGCUUCCAGCAUACCAGAUCUCGAUCUAAAAAGCUUAAAACUCCAGAGGACGAGAGUGUAUCAGCUAUGGUUGUUGGUGCAGAAAUCAUACCCACUGAAGCAGCUACAGAUGGCUUCAAGGUCAAUGAAAAGCCAGCAGAAAAAGUCAGGCCGGAAAACACAGAAGUGCAUUCUGGGGAAGAGGAAAACAUUAGUAGAAUGCAGCUGGAUCAACAUUUAUUGGAUAAUUUUGAGGUCUCAGGGAACAUCGGUUCAAACUCUGUUAUAGGACAUAUUCCUGAAGUGCAGAAAAUAAAAACAGAAGCUGAGGACCAGGCAGAUUCUGGUGUUUCUUCCUUUACUCCAGAGGAUUCUGCUAGGCUCUCUGUACCCACAUCUGUCAGUUGUAUAAAAGGCGAUGACUCUGUAAAAUCUCAGAAUCAGUCUGUGCAGCCUAUACCAUGCCAAAAGUCAGAAGAAUAUGCUUCCUCUGAAGCAGACAGCCUGGAGAAAGAGGAAACUAGUAGUAUAUCCACAGAGGACUACAUCAGUGACCUAGACAGCAGUGAAAGCAGUGAAAGUAGCUUGGAACCUGGAGAAAUACUUGGUGUAAAAAGGAACAAUGGUGGAAAUAGUUCAGAAACACCCAGUUCAGCAGACACGGAAAGAAAGAAAACAUCAAAAAGUUGGCGUCAUCCUCUAAGCAAACCUCCAGCUCGAUCUCCAAUGACUCUGGUUAAACAGCAGGCAACAAGUGAUGAAGAACUGCCAGAAACUUCCUUAAUUGAAGAGGAGGUGCAAGAAACAGAAGCCUGGGCCAAGCCUCUCAUUUACCUUUGGCAGAAAAGAGUCCAUAAUUUCAAUGCUGAAAAAGAAUAUAACGCAGCUUGUGCCAAAAAGGAACCUCAUUGUGCCAUUUGUACUCUCCUUAUGCCAUACUACAAGCCUGACAACUAUAAUGAAGAAAAUUAUACGUGUGGGGAAACAAAAUCAGAUGAAACGUUUACGGCCAAAAAUGAAAAGACUAAACCACUUAUUCCAGAGAUGUGUUUUAUUUAUAGCGAAGAAAACACUGAAAACUGUCCAUCAAAUGCCUUUAUUGAAGAGGAUGGAACAAGUCUUCUGAUCUCCUGUGCAAAGUGUUGUGUACAGGUUCAUGCAAGUUGUUACGGCGUUCCUUCUCAUGAAAUCCACGAUGGAUGGCUGUGCUCUCGAUGCAAAAAAGGAGCCUGGACAGCUGAAUGCUGUCUUUGUAAUUUGAGAGGUGGCGCACUCAAGCAAACUACAGACAAGAAGUGGGCACAUGUGAUGUGUGCAAUUGCAAUUCCUGAAGUCAGAUUUCGAAAUGUCACAGAACGGACACCUAUAGAUACUAGUAGAAUACCUUUGCAGAGAUUAAAAUUGAAAUGUAUCUUCUGCAGACAGAGAAUUAAGAAAAUGUCGGGUGCCUGCAUACAGUGCUCUUACGGACGCUGUCCAGCUUCCUUCCAUGUUACCUGUGCCCAUGCUGCAGGGGUGUUGAUGGAGCCUGACGACUGGCCUUAUGUUGUCUACAUCACGUGCUUCAGACACAAAAUCAACCAAAAUGUGAGAAGUAAAGCAUGUGAGAAGGCUGUCACAGUAGGGCAGACUGUCAUCGCAAAACACAGGAACACACGAUACUACAGCUGCAGGGUGAUAGGAGUGACAUCUCAAGUCUUCUAUGAAGUCAUGUUUGAUGAUGGUUCCUUCAGUCGGGAUACAUUUCCUGAAGACAUUGUAAGCAGAGAUUGCCUAAAACUGGGUCCACCUGCAGAGGGAGAGGUUGUCCAAGUGAAAUGGCCUGAUGGAAAGCUGUAUAGUGCAAAAUAUCUGGGAACAAAUGUAGCUCACAUGUAUCAGGUUGAAUUUGAAGAUGGGUCUCAGAUAGCAAUGAAGCGGGAAGAGAUCUACACCCUCGAUGAAGAGCUGCCUAAAAGAGUGAAAGCACGUUUUUCUACAGCCUCCGACAUGAGGUUUGAAGACACGUUUUAUGGAGCAGAUAUUAUCCAGGGAGAAAAGAAGAGGCAGAGAGUAUUGAGUUCCCGCUUUAAGAAUGAGUAUGUGGAUGACCCUGGCUACCGCUCCUUCUUGAAAAGCUCAUUCCAAAAGAAGUGCCAGAAGGGACUAUAAGGGAAGCGAUGAAGGAAUAAACACACACACACACACACACACUCACACUCACACUCAUACACACACACUGCAGGGAAAUAAUCAGGUUAUGUGGGCGGGGGGAUACAACAUAAGCAGGCACAUCCAUGGUUAGAUGAUUGUGUCUAUUCAGUAUAAUAAUUCAGUUAAAAUAAAUAUACUUGAGUUGUACAGUGAAUUUACUCAUAAACCUCUGAACUUUUCCAUUUUGUUUCUCUUGUUGAUGAAUUAAGGGGCUUGAAUGAAUUUAGCUUCAUGGAAUGGAGAAAGGAGCCAUUUGCCUAAUAUUAAGAGAUAAUGACAUGCUGAAGAAAUACAGGAGCGCAAUCAUACUCUCCUUGACAUCAGUGGUAAAACUCAUUGAUUUCUCUGAGAGAAGAAUUGGGUUUAGCUAAAUAAUGUAUCUAGCACCUGAUCAAGAUGGUGAAAUGUCAGUUCCAUAUUGCCCCAUGAAAACCAGAAAUUACAGUAACAAGAUAUAAUUACAAUGGCUUGCGUUAUCCACACACAGGGAAGAAUGUUCAAUUUUGUGUUGCUGUUGUUUUGAAAUAGGAGUUUUUGUAAAAUACAAAACAA